AUGUACCAGCGGAUGAUGCGCUGGGGCUUGAUGUUUGUGGUCGCGCUGGCUCUGGCCACCUUUGCCGCCGUGAAUGUGGACGCCCUUGUCUACGCCUACGCGGUCCACUGGUGCCGGAUGGGGCGGGCGGAGGUGCUCGAGUGGUUUCGCGAGAUCACCGAGAGGCACACGCUGACGGAGGUGCCGCCGGCGUACAGGAGUCUGCUGCCGCCGCCCUGCGUCCUGCACGUGUCACCCAGCGAUGGGGAGCGGUAUGACGCAAAGAUUCUGGAACUUGUUUCGCCCAAUGAAAAGAUUGUUGUGAUGGCGAUUCCGUGCCCACAGGUGGGGGAGAAGAGUUUCUUCGCUGCAGUUGGGGAGACUGCCUCCCUGUGCGAUGCUGUCAUGAUGGAGGGAGUCCCUUUUGAGCGCAUCGACAGGAUCUCCCCGGCGGCCUUGCUUCCGCUGCGGGACAUCACCUUCCCUGCAUUGGGGGUACAUCAUCGCUUUCUCGACGUUGUUCGCGGCGGGCGGGAGCCGCCAUUUCUGUACCCGGCGGGCCUGGAGCUUGGCCUCAGGGCCUACCUGAUGCAGUUCCUUGUGCCGUUUGAGUGGCGUUGCGCCUAUCAGCCCACAGGCUUCUCUGCCUCAAAGGGUGAGGCGAGGAUUGGCUGGGGGCGGCUGCGGGAACUUAUCGAGGCCGUCGCUGCAUCUCAGGAAGAGGCGGGGGAGGGGCGGGGGCGGGGGCACCGUACGUCAUUUGUCUGCCGUGGACAGUGCACCAGAUCGUGA